UUUGUAUGUAUGCAGUUCAUCUGAAAAGUUUGUGAGCUGUAGUUUGUUUUACCUGCGUACGUAUUGUGUUACUUUCAAACAUUCGUUUGAAGUGCGAUAAUCGUUAGUUAAAAUUAUACAUCCUAACGCACGGCUAUCGUGCAGAAGGUGUACUGAUACUUGAAUUAAGAGCGAACUGAAGUCAAAACAUCCAUCAAGAUGACGAUUAUCACAAAGGCCCUUACCGAGAAGAAGACGGACAAAAAGGAGCAAGCGUUGUUUGUUGAAGAAAAUGCUGGGGAAACUUCAAAGAGAGAUCCAGAAGCACAACGUCAAAAGUCUGAUGUAGGAGGUCAUUUUUUUGUUUCACGAAGAAGCAUACAUCAUAUUCAUGUUACAGCAACAUUUUCACUGUUCCUUGUUGCAUUGAUGAUUCUUAUCAUUGGAGUAAUUGGAGGUUUAUAUAUAUAUAGGCAGUAUGCUCGAACACAAAUGCAUAGAUUUAGAACAGGAUGGUACAGCAUUCCAUACGAUAAUUCGAAUAAAGCAUCUUAUGCUGAAAGUGCUGCUCAACAAAGUUUGAUGGCAGAUUUAGAUUUGCUUUUAAGAAGUUCAAUAAAAGAUGAACAGCAGGAAGUAAUGAGUAUUGAAAAAAAUUUUGAUGGCAAUAUAAGUAGUUUCUUCAAUGAACAAUUUGAAUUUGAUUUGGAAAAUGAACAUUAUGAGAAAAUUGAUGUGCCUGACUUCCGUGGUGGUCGUCAAGGCAGGUUCAUACAUGAUUUCAACAUUAAUAAAACUGGCAUUAUUGAUGUUGACGGGCGAUGCUGUUUUGUUAUGCCACUAAAUCGCAAAACAGUUCUACCACCACGCAACAUGUAUGAUCUUCUUCGAAAAAUAUACAAUGGUUAUUAUGAAGUAGACACAGAAAUUGUACGUGAAACAAUGAAAGUAGUAACACCACCGAUUACAGAUUUAUCAGUGGUUGGUACAUAUAUAGCCCGUGAAUGUCAAGAUUUACCAACAUACAUGUUAACAAAAGUCAAUUCAAAUGUUGUUAAACGUAGCAUAUCAAGUGGUGUGUUUGGACAGUUUGCAGGAAAAAAUAUUAUAGAGUUUGAUAUUUUGAAUUUAGUUGAUGUUGAAACAUAUCAGAAAAGUUCGCAAAAUUAAAUGAAAGGAAUUUAUUAUUAUUUUAGAAUAUUUGCCAUCAGUAGAUCAAUGUAUAAAAAUUGUAUCCAGCUAAGCAAAAAUAGGUAAUUCCUCUGUUUAAUUCCUGCAAACCUUAUAUUACCAUCUAACUAUUAUUUCUUUACAACCUAAUUCAACAAUAAUUAUUUAUUUUUAAAUAUACCUAAAUUCACUUUCAGAAUGUUAAGUCUUCCCAUCAUGUCCUAUCUUAGCUCUGAAUCAGUAAAUCUAUAAUAAAAAUAAAAUAUAUUAAUUACUGUUUAACAUUUUAAGAAAGUUAAUUCAACAGCAAGCUGACUAUAUAUAGCUUAUGUGAUUUAAGAAUUACUGCAUUUUUACGAAAUAUUCAGAGUAUUAAUAUAUACAGAUUAAGUUUCAGUGAAAUGCUGAUGGUGCUUAUUUUUAAGGUAGAAUUGUAUGUUCUUUUCCAUUUAUUUAUCUUUUAUGCUUAAAUUGUUUGACAGUACAGUUCUAGUAAAACAAUAGAAAUAAUUCGUGUUGAAAUCAUUGUACAUCUAUUACAUAUAGCUAUGUGAUGGAAUAAUUAAUCAUUGUACAAAGUAACAAUUACGUUGUGUUCAAUCAUGCAAUAAUUUUACAAUCAUGGAUCUAAACAUUUUUACUGAAAAAAUAUUUUAUAAAUAUGUUUGAAAUUAAUGAUCAUUUCAGAUUGAACUAAAGUAUGUUACCAUGUCUUAUCAUAUCUCUUUUUCAUUAGAUAAUAAUCAAUGUGGUAUAGUAACACAUGUGAUCUGUUAAAACUUAACAUUAAAAUAUGUAUUAAAAGUGGUGAAACAUAGAUAAUAAAGAUUCUGUGACCAGA